AUGGGCAGGCGUGAUGACAAUCUGACUUCGGGGUUGCGGGAGCUCAAGAUAGGCAGUGGGAGCCACAUAGUCAAGGGCGCAGCAGGCUCUGCGUUGCCGAGUGCAGAGCGUAGGGGGGGAGAGCAUAUGCGGAGUACCAAGGACGUCGCAGACCAAGGCAUAGACGUGCCCAGCAUGGUGAAGCGGGCGCUGAGCGACUCUCGGCGGCGGAGCAAAUUGCGAGCCGCGAAUUCGGGUGAUGCCUCGGCCUGCAGCGCUAGCCCUCAGGAGCAAGAAUCACCCAGAAGCAGCGUGGCCCCGGUGACACCGGCGACUUCGACGCUUGAGACGGUGUACCAGGAGGCGGAGUCGUCCGACGAGGACUGGCAGCCCAUGCCUGCGAUUGCGUCGUACGAUGUUUACGACGAACGCGGCGAGCUGGCGGUAACGCGGUUAUCGGAUAGCCCAGUAGACAUUUCCGGUAUGGAUUCUGCAGCUUCGCUGGACUCAUCAGUCCGCGGGAAGGAUUGUGGCGCGUUCGGAUAUACGAAGGCAGCCGGCGAGGAGCAAGCGCAACGCGCGUAUGCAACGAAUAAGAAGACCGAUUUCCUAUUCAGGAAGACCGCCGCGGGCAGCUCUAUGGGCUCUGCUGUUGCUGAAGAUAUCACCAUAUAUGACGACAGAGACAGUACCCCUGUUGGCAUACGAUCUGCCGGCGAACAGCUUGUGCUGACGAAGACGCUGUUGAACGACCGCGCGAAGUUUGCUUAUCUAGGGGCUGUUACGGUUCUGGCUAACCAAACAUGUACCAAUCUGGCAGAGCUUUGUUUAUGCUCAAAGAAUGUAACCUCAAGCAAGAAGCUUGCGCAUCGUUUGCAUAUUUUGCAGAAAAAUAUGGGGGUGUGGCAGAGUACUAUCUGCCAGCGACUCUACGCUCACCUGGGCGUUAGUGCCGAGGAGAUUGAAAUGAUCCAGAAACUGCCAAUGCAUGGGAUAAGACUGCAAGAUUUGUGCAAGUGUCUCAAGACCACUCAGGUUAUUGAGAACCCGUGGAUGAAGAGCGGCGAUGAUAUCAUGAUGCCAGACGAGGUGAAGAAAAACCAAACUCUUGAGAUCGAUGUUUCAUGGACGAUAAUAUGUGACCUGUUUCUUUUGCUGGUGCACGAUUCCGUAUACGAUUCCAGGUCUAGGACGUUAUUGAUGCGCUUUGCUGAAGUCCUAGAUAUUUCUCGUGGCGAUAUUUGUGAAUUCGAGAAACGUGUUAUAGACACUUUAGAUCUGGAGCAGUCUACAGAUGAACAGGUUUGGAUAGAGAAAAACCAUAUGCAUGAGCGGCGCAAAGAAAACCGAAAGAAAAAACUGGCGUAUGUGGGAUUGGUCACGAUUGGUGGUUCCUUGGUUCUGGGGCUAUCAGGCGGGCUGCUGGCUCCUGUCAUAGGCGCAAGUCUUGCGGCUGGAUUAUCUACCAUUGGCGUUACAGGUGCUGCCGGAUUUUUAACCGGUGCGGGAGGAACUGCAAUAGUUGCGGUAUCUAGUACUGCGAUAGGUGGUAACAUAGGAAGAAAGGCCAUGAAUAAAAGAAUGGGUAGCGUUAAAACAUUUGAGUUUAGGCCGUUGCAUAAUAAUAGGAGACUCAGUCUAAUCGUAAGUGUGUCAGGAUGGAUGAUUGGGAAAGAGGAUGAUGUUAGACUUCCAUUCUCUCCGGUUGAUCCAAUUGAAGGAGAUUUAUAUUCGCUUCACUGGGAACCAGAUAUGCUGAAGUCGACUGGUCAAACAAUCAAUAUCUUGGCCAGUGAAAUAGUGACUCAGACAAUUCAACAGAUACUAGGCGCGACCGUCCUGACGGCACUCAUGGCAGCGAUUCAGGUGCCAAAUCUGCUAUCGAAGCUAGGCUACAUUAUAGACAAUCCAUGGAAUGUGUCGCUAGAUCGAGCAUGGGCCGCUGGUCUAAUAUUGGCUGAUACAUUAAUGGCACAGAAUCUUGGAGCUAGGCCUAUUUCUCUGGUCGGGUUUUCUCUUGGAUCAAGGGUUAUUUAUUCUUGUUUGUUGGAACUAAGCAAGCAAGGUGCUAUUGGUUUGGUGGAGGACGUGUACUUGUUUGGGUCUCCUCUGGUAUAUAAUAGAGACGAGAUGGUGAUGGCACGAGCAGUUGUGAGUGGUAGAUUCGUUAAUGGCUACUCUGAUAAAGACUGGAUUCUUGGAUAUUUAUUUAGGGUAACUGCAGGUGGGUUAAAAACUGUGGCUGGUAUAUCCCCAAUUGAAGGCAUCGAAGGCAUCGAGAAUAUGAAUUGUACAGAACUUGUUGAGGGACAUAUGGCGUACAGAAAGAAUAUUCCGUCUUUACUCAAAAGAUUGGGUGUUGCAGUCUUAAGUGAAGAGUUCACGGAAAUUGAUGACUCCCCAGAUCCAGAGCAAGUUAAGAGAGAGAGAAAGCUAAUUCAUGACCUACAAGAUGUCCAAGAUAAGUUAGCUAAUAAGAAGGAUAAGAAGCAAAAAGGCACGUGGGUCUCGAAGUGGUUCAAACCGAAAAGGGAGCAAUGGCAAGAAAUGUACGAGGAUAGCUUACGGAACAAUGCGGCCGCUGCUACCACCACCAAUGGCGCAGUGGCACCAACAGUUCAGUCUGAACAGUCAUGUCAAACUUUAGAGGACGCUUCUCCGAUCAUUGAUACCGACGCAUUGGUAGAAGAAUUGCAAUACCUAAAAGAAGUUGUAGACAAAGAGAUGACAAACUAUAAGGAUGUUAAUGAUCUAAUGAAGGAUGUGGCCGAGCAUGCCCAACGGGGCCUUCGUCGAACCGACAUCGCUCUUUCGGACGACGAAUUCGGAAAUGAAGAAAAUGUUACAUAUGCAUUUGCGGAUGAUAUAUAA